UUUCCCUUUACAUAUUUUUUUCUAUCAUAAAUAAAAGUAACGGAUAACGCAAAAUAGAUAUAUCGCGAUAUUGCGGCUGAGGCUAGUCUUUGCUAUAGGAGGGGCGACCUCCCAGGCAGGGUUUUUGAGUUUUGAGCUCACAGACUGUAAAUGGCUGCGAUUGGGCUCUAAAUAGUUGUAAUUAUACUGGUCUUCUGGUCUUAUCCUGAAUUGUUUGGAAAUAAUACGGAGGUCUUGACAUUUCCGUCAACAAUUACUGGAAUGUUCUGCGAUUGAAGUACCGAUCUGACCAAAAUGCAUUCGCUUUACAAGACAGUGCUAGCUCACAGUUGGGCAAUGAAUUGUUGGAGGCUAAUAUCAACAGAGCCAAUGUAAUGCAAUCGGUAGAGGCAAGGGAUGACGUGUUCGAAAUCGACGGUAUCACUCUUGGAACGGAAAAGAGCGUUGGGUCCAGUCUCAAGUCAAAAGCCGUACAUUUAGCUAAAAAUGCAAGAACUUUCACAAACUUGACCGAUGAAGCUAAAAACACCGUUUUUCUUGGCUUGAAUUCAAUUGUGGAUCUUUCUAAUAAUUCUACUGAUCCAGAUUCUCAAAGGUCCUUGUUCUCAGAGACAUCUUGGCAACAAUUGAAAAACUUAGUCUAUGAAUCACGGGACAUGCCUCCACUUCCUGAUGACGUCACCAAUGAGCUUAAAGAUAUUGAAAAGAUUGCCCAAACAGAUUUGAAGCGAGCCUAUCAAUUGUGCUUAAAAGCCCAAGCCAGAUAUGCUGUCACUUUAAAUGAAUCUUUUUUCGAAAUUUAUGCCCAUGUGAUUCGUUUGUUAAACAAGAAAAAUUCGAUACUACAAACUGACAGAGGAAAGAAGGCUACCGAAAAAGAUUUUGUGAACGAAGCUUGGUCUCUUAUCUUAACUGUGAUAAUUUGAGUAUAAAACGGUAGAAAAUAAAAGAUAAAAAUAAACAAGUAAAGAAAUGAGACUCUUUAAUCCUUUAUUAUAAGUUGGAGAGUUUGUCAUGAUAAAAAUAGAGGUCCUUUUAUAUUAAAUUAUUAC